AUGGGAGGGGGCGCUGAUCAGGGGGGAGCAUUGUGCCACAUGUGCAAGAGAUUGUUAGGAGUGGUGCCUGCUGAGGGCGAGAUAGUUGGUGCCUGCAUCCACAUGCAAUUUCUUAAGAGCAAGAUGUUUUUCCAGCUCCCAAUAGCUGCAGAUGGUCAUACAGUAGCGUGCCACGCAUAUGCCCACUUGCUGCAUUUGAUAUGUGGGACGCUAUUCUGUGACCUCUCAGGGAGUUAUGCGCACUUAAUGUUCCUUCCACUCUUUAUGGAGCAAGCAGAGAUACGCCAGUACAGUUGGGGGUCCACAACAUUAGCGUGGUUUUACCGAGAGAUGUGCCACACUGUUGACGUGUCCCACUCGUUGAUUAGAGGAGCACUCUACCUAUUACAAAUUUGGGCAUGGGAGUGA